AUGCUUUCCCUCCCUCUCCUCGUUGCCGGAUUCCUUCCAGCACUCGUUUCGUGCGCCAAGUAUUGCACGUCAACAGAUCUGAAUGUCACAGUGACAGACGCACUUUGGGAUGGACAAUGCACAUAUCCCAAACCGGACAAGAACUUCGAGCUCGAAAACUAUCUUGGUAGAUGGUACCAAGUAGCCGGCACACGGGCGCCAUUCACAGCUGGAUGUUCGUGUAUCUACGCUGAGUACGGGCUAAAUCCCAACAACACAGUCUCCGUCUCCAACGGCUGCCAGCUCGGAAACCGGAGCAUAACAAUCCAAGGCACCGCCUCAGCCGCAGACCCAAUCUACGGCUCCGACGGCGUCUUCAGAGUCCAGUUCCCGGGACAGCCUGGCCCAGAAUGCCCUGGUCCGGAUUACAUCGUGCAGCAACGUUCUGAGAAUUUCGCAAUUGUCCAAGCGUCGAAUUUCUCGACGCUGUUUCUGUUGAGUAGGAGUCAGAAUCCGGGGGAGGAGAGUAUUACGACGUGGCUCGACCGAGCGGAGAAGCUGGGGAGUGAUCUGGGGGAUGUGAUUUUGACUAAUCAGACGGGGUGUUUGUUUACUUAA